AUGUCUGAAGCAAUAAGCAGUGAUGUUAUUAAGAAGACUCAAUCAACACUUGGAAAAUUUGUGAAAAAGCCACCUCUAAGCGAUAAACUUUUAUCAAAACCGCCUUUCAGAUUUUUGCACGAUGUUAUAAUGGCGGUGAUGCGAAAUACAGGAUUUUUCAAAGGUCUGUAUUCGAAAGAAGAACUGAAUUCUGAAAAUGUUAAAGAAAGAGACAAUAAAAUAGUUUUUCUGCAGAAGACAAUAGAAGUCGUCAAAAUGGUUACUGGAAAGCCACUGACAGUGCGUCCAUCAAAAAUAAUAUCCGGUCACGAACCCGAGAAAACUAAUGAACUCCUACAAGCAAUAGGUUUUGCAAUAGAAAACAAUUUAAGUAGCACCGAUGCCACAAAUCAGAUUCUGAGAAAAAUGUCCAAGAAGGACGGAAAUACUACAGAUCGAAAAUCGACAAGGGUGUCCCCGCCAAAGAUUAGUCCGCCAAAAACAGUGCCCAGUAGCAAAACAAGCAGUAAAAGUGGAUCUAAACCGGAUACAACCAGAACUAAGCAGCAAGCUGAUUCGCGAACAGAAGCUUCUAAUAAGAGGAAAGUAGAUUCAAAGACAAAAGACAAACUUUUAGAAGUCACUGGCAAAAAGGAAGUUACUAAAUCAACUUCUUCUAAAGAAACUAAAAAUUUACGAAAACCUACUAAACCUGAUGCGCCACGCAGUGCUGAGUUGGAAGCGCCUGGUAAAGCGGCAAGUGACCCUGAAGAAGUUGCAUCAGGACCAAAACUUGAUCGACAAAAAACUGAAAUUAUUGAUCCUGCAAAGAUACCCUCGCCGGUUGAUAUCUCAAACGACCAGGCCAAUAACGACGAUUCAAAGCCUCCAAUUGAGGAAAAAUCGGUUUCAAGAAAAAGUUCCCUGACAGAUAAACAUCAUGUUCCAGAAAAGCCUAAUUCAAGAAAAAGCUCAAUAACCGAUAAGACAGAUCUAUUACAUAGACAGCGAAGCAGGGCAGAUAGUUUGAAACCUUCUUUAACUGAAACCAUAAAAAGUGACAAAAGUGAAGUAUCAUUAGAUUCAAAUAUAAAUUUGAAUAGUGAAACAAACACAGAAAAUAAAAGCGUUACCUCUAAACAUGAGCCAAAAUCAGAAGAGCUCCGUUUGAGUGGAGAUGGUAUGCAUUUAAAUUCCAAAUCACCUAGCAAUGUAGAUAAAGCAAAAGAGAAAAAGAUUGAGCAAAGUUUUGAGAAAAAUGAAAAUACUACUCACAUCGAUGAAAACUCUGAAACAGUAAGCAGCACAUCUAAACAAGAUGCUGAAAAGCCAAUAGCUAAAGAAGUUCCAAUGAAAUCAGCCAGACCUCCUUCUGUAAGACUAAAGACUAGUUUGAGACCUCCUAGUGUUAGACCAGUUUCUGCCAGACCUGGUGCGCCAAGAAUCCGUGAUAAGCAUUCAGAUAUUGUCAUUGAACCGGAGGAAACUACAACAUUAGGCAAGAUAAACGUAACACUUGAAGUAUUUGAUGGAAAUUCAAUGAAUGCCACUGAUGACGCCGAUGACGCGGAAGAUCUGGUUGUGAUCGAAACUAAGGAGGACACCAAACAUGAUAAAACUGAACCGGAAGCAUCUCAGGAUGGUGAUAAUAUGGACGAAAAUGGACGUGGUCGUUUGGUAGGACAAAUUUUGAGCACGCAAAGAGCUCUUGGACAAAAUACUAAGCCUGUAUCUCAAAAGGAUAAUGAGUCUACAAGUGUAUCAAAAACCGAUCUAUCUGCCCUGGAUGCUUUGCGAAAUUCAGUGCAAAAUCUUAGCGGAGCUGCUUUACCUUUGGGAAGGCUAUUGGACUUUCUACAGGAAGAUGCAGACUCGAUGCGCCGUGAAUUGCGCCAAUGGCGUGACACUUACACUCAAACAGUCGAAGAAUUGAAAAAGGACACGGGAAUAACUGAAAAAGUAAUUCAACCACUGAAACAUCAGCUGGCUCAAUUAGAAACUCAAAUAUCAGAGCAGCGAGAGUUAAUUCAUUCAUCUAAGGCUAAUGUACUGAAACAAGAAGAAAAGAUUAGAAAAAUUUUAUAUGAAUGUUAA